GUUCGCUGUAGCCCAGAGGCGCGAGGGCCGGCGGAGUUUCUUCAGAGGAACUACCGCCCUGGGAGGAAGCGUCUGUUUAGUUUCAACACAGACGACUGGGCUUGGGAGCCUACGAGGUUGCAGUCUGGAGGGCGCCAACAGCAGCUACCAGGGCUGCUUUUCCUGAACACGCUGCAAGCACGUCAAGGUAGUCGGAGUCCCCUAACAAUGGAUAAAUUCGUCAUUCGAACGCCUAGAAUCCAGAAUAGCCCUCAGAAGAAAGAUUCUGGAGGAAAGGUUUACAAGCAGGCGACGAUUGAAUCUCUGAAGAGAGUUGUGGUUGUAGAAGACAUAAAAAGAUGGAAAACUAUGCUGGAGCUUCCUGAUCAAACCAAAGAGAAUCUUGUUGAAGCCUUACAAGAAUUAAAGAAGAAAAUACCCUCCAGGGAAGUGUUAAAAUCAACAAGGAUAGGUCACACUGUGAACAAGAUGCGUAAACACUCAGAUUCAGAAGUGGCUUCUCUUGCCAGAGAAGUUUACACUGAGUGGAAAACUUUCACUGAAAAACAUUCAAAUAGACCUUCUAUUGAAGUUAGAAGUGAUCCCAAAACCGAGUCGUUUAGGAAAAAUGCUCAGAAAUUACUCUCAGAAGCCUUGGAAUUAAAGAUGGAUCACCUACUGGUUGAAAAUAUUGAGCGGGAAACGUUUCAUCUCUGCUCCCGCCUCAUUAAUGGGCCGUACCGGCGGACGGUGAGAGCCCUGGUCUUCACAUUAAAGCACCGAGCUGAAAUCCGGGCUCAGGCAGGUCAGUUCAAGGUUAUGAAGGCCUGGCCCCACUGCCUCAACUUGACAACUUGGAAGGGCCAUCUCAGCUUCAAGACCCUCCCAUGAGACUGGCUGAGGUCUUCAUACAGCAUCGGAGCCCAAUUUAUCUCUCUGAGCAAUCCUGCUUCCUUUCCUGCCCCCUUCCCAAGAGCAAUCCCUGAUAAACUUCCUGCAUGCUAAUCUCCAUCUCAGAGUCUACUUUCCAAGGAAGUGGGCCUAUAACAUAGCUCUUCCAGUUUUUGUUAACAAUUCUAGAACAGGGGUCAGCAAACUUUUUUUUUUUUUCUUUUGAGACGGAGUCUCACUCCGUCACCAGGCUGGAGUGCAGUGGCACGAUCUUGGCUCACUGCAACCUCUGCCUCCCGGGUUCAAGCGAUUCUCCUGCCUCAGCCUCCCGAGUAGCUGGGACUACCAUGCCACCACACCCAGCUAAUUUUUUUAUUUUUAGAGAGAUUGGGUUUCACCAUGUUGGCCAGGAUGGUCUUGAUCUCUUCACCUCGUGAUCCGCGCUCCUCGGCCUCCCAAAGUGCUGGGAUUAUAGACAUGAAUCACCACACCCGGCCAGCAAACUUUUUUAAAGGAACAGAUAGUAAAUAUUUUAGGCUUUGUGAGCCACAUGGUCUCUGUCACAACUAUUCAGCUCUGCUAUUGUAAUACAAAAGCAGCUGUGGACAGUAUGUAAAUGAAUGAAUGUGGCUGUGUUCCAGUAAAACUUUAUUUACAAAAACAGGUGGUGGGCUGCAUUUGGUUCAUGGGCCUUAGCAUGCCAAAACAUGCUCUAGAGAAAUACUUUUACAUAUGUGCAAAGGAGGCAUGUACAAAGAUUUUAAUUGCAACGUGUUUUGUAACAGCAAAAUUUUAGAAAUGGUCUAAAUGCACAUUUAAAAAAGAAUGGUUAAAUUGUACAUCUAAAAUGGUUAAAUUGUACAUCCAGAUUUUGGAAUACCGUGCAGUGGAUAAAAAGAAUGAGUUUAGGUUUGUAUAACAGCACUGUCUAAUAGAAAUAUAACACAAACCACAUAUGUAUUUUUGAAUUUUCCAGUAGCCACAUAAAAAAUAUAAAAGGAAACAAAUUAAUUUUAAUAAUAUAUUUUGAGUCCAAUAUGCCCCAGAUAUUAUUACUUUGACAUGUAAUCAAUGUAAAAAUUACUGAGACAUUUUACAUUUUUUGUACUAAGCCUCUGAAAUGUGUGUAUUUUACUCUUACAGUGCAUCUCAGUUUGGGCUAAUUACAUUUUCAAGUGCUUAUAGCCUCAUGUGGCUAGUGGCUACUGUGUUGGACCACGCAAAUUUAUAAGUACUGACAUGGGAACAUCACUGAGACAUAUUGUUAAGUGAAAGAAGGAAGCUGCAGUACCAUAUGUACACUAUGAACUAUUUAUGUAAGGGAAAAAAACUAUUUCCAUAGAAACAUAUUGAGAAAAAGAAAAAAAAAAGAUGUGUACAGAUAUAUACCCAAUUUAGAGAGACGUUUUGGAUGGGGUGAGGGGUUUUUGGUCAGGAGGGACUCACUCCCCUUGCCUGAUUUUUUUAAAUAAACUUUUUAUUUCGGAGUUAUUUUAGAUACACAAAAAGUGGCAAAAAUACAGAGAGUUCAUGUAUGCCCCUCACCCAGUUUCCACCAUUGUUAACUGCUUACAAUAGUGUGGUACAUCUGUCAAAAUUAAAAGUCCACUGUUGGUAUACUACUAUUACUAAACUCCAGACUUCACUCAGACUUUGCCAGUCUUCCCACCGAUGUCCUCUUUCUGUUUCAGGAUUCAGUCCAGGAUCCCAGGCUGCACUCAGUCAUCCUGUCUAUCCUGUCUCCUCUGUUCUGUGACAGUUUCUCAGGCUUCCCUUGUUUCCCAUAACCUUGACAGUCUUGAGCAGUACUGGCCAGGUGUUUCGUAGACUGUCCCUCAAUUUGGGUUUGUCUGAGGAUUUCUUCAUGACUAAGUUGGAAUUCAGGGUUUUAGGGAAGAAUACCACUGAGAUGAACUGAGAUGAAGUGCCUGUCUCAUCACUUCACACCAGGGGGCACAUGGCUUCCACAGGACUAUUGACUGGUGAUGCUAGCCCUGAGUGCUUGGUUACGUUAGUUUUUGCCAGAUUUUCCCACUAAGAAGUUGUCAUUUUUCCCUUUCCAUAUUUUUUUUUUGGAGGCAAGUCACCAAAUCUAACCCUCACUCAAAGGUUAGGGGCUGGGGGUGGAUUAAACUCCACCUCCUGGAGAGUGGAGUAUCUACCUAUAUAAUUUGGAAGUCUUCUUUAAGGAAGAUUUGUCCCUUCUCUGCCAUUUAAUUUUUUUGAUAAUUUAUUUAUUAAUAUAUCAAUAUGGACUCAUUUAUUUUAUGCAUUGGGUUGUAAUCAGAUUUUUUUUCAUAGUGAUCAUAAAUUCAUAUAAUGUAUUUUUAAAUGCAGAAAACAUACAAAAACCACGUUGUGUGAGAAACAAGCUCUUAUGAUUGGCAAGGAUUUUUCCUCCACAGCUUUUCAUGUCUGCCUUUGAGUAGGAUAAUCAUUAGCUUAUUGCUAUUCAACCAUAGACAUGCUAUUUCAACUCUCCAGACCUCAAUUUCCCCAUCUAAGUAAGAGAAUAUUUUGUGAAAUGGUCUCAGAGGUGAAGAAGGGGAUGGUGUUUGUAUGUUCAUAAGUGUCCACAUAUUUUGUUGCCUAUUAAUAGACCCUUAGUCCUUAAUGGUUAUCUUCUUUUAUUUAUGUUGGAAAAUGAACUCAGAGCUAAUAGCCCUUGAGAACAUCCUGUAAACAUAAUCAAUAUUUAUAUCCCCCAUUACAACCCCAAAGGGUUCGCCUUCCUUGCUCUUUCACCCCUUUAAGUGGGAUUAAGUUUUCCUUUUAUUCCUCAGCUUUUUCUCCAGCGGCUGAAGGCUAACCUGAGGCCUAGCAUUCCCAGUCCUGCUGACUUCUUUGGCCUCAUUCUUGUGCCUCUCAUCUAGCUAUGCACAGCCACACGGAUGUCCUUAUCACCCUGCAUCAUCCCCAAAUUCGUAUGUUGAAGUCCUCACCCCCAGCACCCCAGAAUGUGACUGUAUUUGGAGAUAGGGCCUUUACAGAGGUAAUUAAGGUAACAUGAGAUCAUACGGGUGAGCCCUAAUCCAGUAUGACUGGUGUCCUUAUAAGAAGAGAUUAGGAUGCAGACAGCACACAGACCAUGUGAGGACCAGCAAGAAUGUGGCCACCUACAAGCCAAGGAGAGAGGCCUCAGAAGAAACCAAACCCACUGACACCUUGAUCUUGGACAUCUAGUCUCCAGAACUGCGACAAAAUAAAUCUGUUGUUUAAGCCAUCCAGUCUGUGGUACUUUGU